GCGCACCCGGCGGAGGCGCGUCUGUGCGCGCGCACACGCACGCACGCACACACACACACACACACAGACACGCGCGCACGCUUCAUGCGGUCGUGUUUUUAAGACACGGAAAAGAGAGAAGAUUGUGUGUGUGUGUGUGUGUGCGCGCGGGCGUUUUUCUUUCUUAACGCCAAGUGAAGCCGCGCGCUCGCUUUCGGACCGUUCUCAUUCGCCUCGCUCGGUCUGCGUCUCCGUGCGGCGGAGCUGAGGGCGCGAGGUGACGGUAGAAUGGGCGAACCCCAACGGUUUCCACUGUAACUCUGGAAAUGGAGCCCACAUUCCCGCGGGGAGACAAAGAUGAGGUCCAUCUGGAGGAGCCGGGCCGUAUGCGUGCCGUGAGGAUGCGUGGUGAGGGGCUACUGUGGGAUGAUCCUCUGCACUUCUCGUGGCUGAUGGAGGCUGAGUCGUUCACAUCGUCAGUGCAGGCAGGUGGCCCCAUGCCCGGCACAGCCAUGACACUCGAGCAGAAGACCACCUUCGCCUUUGUCAUCUUCCUCUUCGUCUUCCUCUGCAUGCUGAUUGUGCGCUGCUUCCGUAUCCUGUUGGACCCCUACCGCAGUAUGCCCACCUCCACCUGGGCUGAUGGCCUCGACGGCCUCGAGAAGGGCCAGUUUGACUACACACUGGCAUAGGGGAAACACACACACACACAGAAAACACUGACACAACAAUGACAAGAUACACCUAGUUAAAUGAAACACAAUACAACCUUAAAGUAAGUAAUGAUUACAAGCAAUCAUCUUGUGAUGUAUAUUACACACUUAGCUAAAAAAUACUAUAUACACACAAUAUGGUAAGGAAUCUAAAUGUGACACGAUAUGAAGUAAAAAAUAAACCAGUAAAUAAUGUAGGUGCAUGGUUAGUAAAAUUGUCAAGCUUGAAAAUGUUGAGUCACAUACAUACGUGCACACACAGGGUGUUUUCUGAAAGGAGCAGUCCGGGAUCGUGAGUGCUGCCAGAGGCAGUUGUGGACUGGCGUGUGCCCCUCUGUGCCGCUGUGAGCCUGGUGACACUCAUACAGGGUAACCCAAGCGCUGCUCCUUCAGCUUCCUGCAAACACCCGGCACUCGUUUCCUUCUUCUCACCGACCCCAUUGAUAUCUGCACUGUUGUAUACUGCCAAGUAGACAUCUUUAGACAAUAUGUCCUUUUGAAGACCCUUUAUAAGCACUUCAUAAAUACUACUACAUGUUUAAUGGUUAAUGCUUUUGCCUAUAAAAGUCAGCCUUAAGGUAUGCACUGUUAUUAUCGAUGCAGCUUAGUUUUGUCCGAGUUAGCGAUUAGGACGUGUUUGUGUAGUGCUUAUGGCUUCAUAAAGGGCCACUAAUUCGAUUAUGCUGAUUCUAACAUCGUCGGAAAAUAUUUUACCUAGACACUAUAGAUGUGAAACCACUUGUGGUUUUGUUCAUGGCCCGGUGUGAACUUUAAAGACAAUUUGAGCCUUGUAUGUAUCUAAAACAACAGUCGUACAGUCAGCAUAUACUGCCUCAUUAGCACAAGAAACUGAAUUUGGAUCAGUUCCGGUUUAAUAACUGAUCCGCCGUGAUUCGCUUUGUCAGCCUUUUCCAUUUGAAGCCGUUGCUGCAGGAGCCAUAAUCGCUAAUUUGCCUUGAGAAAAUUCAUAGCUAAGAGCAAAUGAUGAGGAAAGGCCACUUUUCAGAGGUGCCUCCUUAGUCAUUCUUGUGGCGUUAAAAAAAUGUCUUCGUUACAUUUGUCCAGACUUUGGCCGAAUUGCACUGGAGUCGUUCUCCUUUUCAGAUCUUUUAGCCUCUUUGCCCAUCAGCCUGCCAAAUGAUGUUCCUUUGCACUUUUGUGUUGUCUCACCACUGUGAAUGAGCCAGUGAGAAACUAAGAGCACUUAAGGAGUGAGUUGAACUGCCAGUGACUUUGAUUACGACUGCCACUGUUUUGGAUGCACAAAGCCACAUGAAUGUGUGAGAGAACCUUAAAGCACUGAGUGGUACAGUGGGACUUGACAGAUGUUUUCCAUGCAAAUGAUACUGUCAGUUAAGAUGAGUUCACUGUGAGGAUCUGCAUCACUUCUUUAGACUAGCCUUGUGUCUGAGCGGUAUGUUUUAUCACAAAUAUCCAAGAUUUAGAAAUUCCCAAUUCAAUUAAAAAAAUCCCCCAAACUGGGAGGAUAUUUAGACCUAAAUACUGUUAGAGAAAGAGAUGAAUAAUUAAAUUCAUCAGGAGUGAAUUAAUUAUGAAAGUGAAUAGUGGGGAUUCAGACACAUGGUACAUACAACCACACCUGUAUUUGUCUUAUAAAGAGAUGAAAAUAAACUCUUACCAAAAUCA